AUGGAUAGACUCACCAGCUCGGAACUUAUUCGCUUGAUUUUGCAGGAAUCUUCACCUGCCAACAGUGACGAGCUCAGCCAUGUAUUAUCGCUAAUUUUCAAGUCCUGUGUGACUGAAGUUCCCAAAACAAAGGAUCUCAAAGUUCUGUUGAAGAAAAUCCACCCCAAUACCAGGAUUGAAGCAUUUCAGCACAUUGAAGAUGAAGCAACCCUUGUACCACUCUAUGACAUGCACGCAUGUCGUUGGAACUGGCCACUCCCAGAGUCACAUUUAGACAAACUCACUGCUAGUGGGGAGAGAAGUAAUCAGGCAGAAGAGAACAGUAGCACGGACCAGGGAGAGAGGGAAGGAGAAAAUAGUGGUGCCACGAAUCAGAGGUCGGGAGAUUGGGUUUUUGUCGAUGACACUGGCGCACCCGCUGCCUCUGAGUCACAGGCUGAGAGUGUUGGCCAGCCUGAGGACGACGUAAUGUUAACAAAUGCCAGCUCUGCCAGUAGUGACAAUGCCCCAGUGCUCCAUGAAAUCAACUGCGAUUCUACAAAACCAUGGACGACCGAACAGGUUUUUGCAUCCUUCAAUAACCUCCUUGCCUUUGCCCUCCUCCUGCAGCAGCCUACACUCACUCAGAAGCGUACCUUAUCUCGUAUCUGGAGCGCAUCGAACUCCUCAUCCACAAUAUGUGGCAAUGAAAUCAUGUGCAAACCAGACCUCAUCCUACUUGAUGAUAUCGAGGCUAGAUGGGAUACAAUCAAGGCUAUGUACCGGGACUGGUUAUAUAACCGGAGAGCUGAGAAGACCGUCAAAAAACAAAGCAAGUUCGGUAAGAAAUGGACUACCUGGGUGGUGAUAGAACACCAGUGCAAGAAGGAGAUCCUUGAAGAGACCGGAGCAAGGCCAGGAGGGAAGGAAAUGAUUAAAAACUACCAGGGUGUGGUCAAUGCAAUUAUGGGAGGUUUACCUGAAGAGCAGCUGGAGGAAGCAAAUAAGACAGUGAUAGAAUGGUCUAGCAAGGCUCCUCCUACAGAUGUCCAAGUUGAGUUCGCUCAGAAAAAAGCUCCUGGUAUGAUGAAGGAUCUUGCAACUCAGUUAUGGAGGCAGGCUGGUAUGAGGAUAUUCAUAUUGUCGGCAUGGAAAACUGAGGAAGGCGAAGUGAGGAUCAAUGGAAUUGACUUCAAUGAAAAGUUGGAGGGCAGUAGUUUCACAGAUACAAAAGACUGGAAGGCCACAUCAGGAAACCUACAAUUCUGCUGA